AUGAUUACCGUAACAGGUGAUGACUAUUUACAUAUGAUCAAUCUAAGGCAGAAGAAACCUGAAAUAGCACAAUCCUUAAAAUUUCAAAAAGAGAGGUUAACGCAUUGUCAUUUGCCGUUCCAAAGCAAGUGGCUUUAUGCCGGUACAGACAAGGGCAAUGUGCAUCUUAUCAAUGUUGAAUCAUUUACUCUCUCUGGCUAUAUCAUAUACUGGAAUAAAUCCGUUGAACUUUCAUGUAAAACUCAUCCCGGCUCAGUAGUCCAUUUAAGUGAAAAUCCCCUAGACCCAAACAAGUUGCUUAUUGGCUUUGAAAAAGGCUUAGUUGUAUUAUGGGACCUUCGAAAUAAAGCAGCGGAUGCUAGAUUCAAUACUACUGAGAAUGGAAUGUUGAGGUCAGUAACCUGGCAGUUGGAAGGUCGACAAUUUGUUUGUAGUCAUAGUGACGGAAGCCUUACUACUUGGAAUGUAAAAGUUCCAAGUAAAUCUGUAUCUGUCAAUUAUCCUCAUGCCAAAUCUCUGAUUGAUGGUAAGCCAGAGCCAUGCAAUGGAAUUUAUAAGAUUGAAUCGAAAAUUAAUCGGGCUGGGGAGGUAACUACUGUUUUCUCUGGUGGUUUACCGUAUGAGGAGCAAGGUAAAACUUCAAGUCUAACUAUCCAACAAGGAAGAUCAACCACCGUGCUAGAGAUGGAUUACAGUAUUGUUGAUUUUAUAACGCUUUGUGAAGCACCUUGGCAUACAGAAUCCCAAGAGCCGUAUGCUAUUGUGGUGCUUCUUGAACGUGAUCUUGUUGUUGUUGAUUUAACUAGUCCUGGUUUUCCUUGCUUCCAAAAUCCAUAUCCUAUGGACUUCCAUAAAUCACCUGUCACCUUUUGUGCCUAUUUUGCAGAUUGUCCUAAUGACCUCAUACCAGCCUUUUAUUCUGUAGGGUCUAUGGGCACCAAACAAUGUGGCUGUUCAGAAAAAGACUGGCCUAUAGAUGGAGGCGAGUGGGGUACUGCAACACUAAGCUAUCCAGAAAUCGUGAUAACAGGACAUGCUGAUGGUUCUCUGCAAUUUUGGGACGCUUCAUCAGUUUCCUUUCAAGUUUUAUACAAAAUAAAAACUACUAAAGUUUUUGAAAGACCUAAGCCAAGAAGUAUAGAUGAGCUUGAUGAAGAUCCCUUUGCCAUUGAUAAUGUGGCUUUUUGUAAAGACUCCAGGAUUUUGGUUGUUGCUGGAUCCAGUGGUCAUGUUAUUGUAUAUAAUUUUAAAAAGAAUGAUGCCUCUGUUGACCUAAGCAAAAGACACGUAUCUACAUUUUUCUUUUUUGAAGUCAGGGUAUCCGCUCUCCUGGAAAGUCAUGGAUUUCGAGUGGCAUAUGGGAAUGAGAACGGACUUGCCAUUGUGGACAUUGUUCAAAAAACAUGCCUACUAAACAUGACAACUCCUGAUCUCUAUGGAUCAGCCGACCCUUAUCAAAGACUACCUAAAUCUCCUAGAAGGACAAGCAGUUGUGCUAAUUCAAGCUGUGAUCAAGAUCCUGGGCGCUCUCCAUGUGAGGAGCAGCAGUCUGAUGGCGAUGGUGCCUGUUUGAGUCCAACAAGUAGAUCUCAUCCUCAUCGAAGAUCCAUGCAUGCUGAAAUGAGGCAUGCCCGAUCUCAAGAGAAAUUUGAAAACACAUUUUCAAGAUCAAGGAGCUCCAGUACUUCAAGUAUUAAAGAUAUUAAUACCGAAGAAGCCCCUGCAUCUGAAUAUGUUGUCUUUCUAAGAUUCUGUGACUCUUAUGGUGGAAAAACUGACAGUUGUCCAAGUCCUAGCCUAUGGGUUGGAACGAGUUUAGGGUCUGCUCUUGUCUUCUUACUCAUUCUGCCUCCUCCAGGAGAAACUCGCCUAGUACAACCCGUCAUAAUAUCACCAAGUGGUACGAUUUAUCGUUUGAAAGGAGGAAUCAUAAACAUUUCAUUCCUUGACGCUUCUGGCAAUGUGAUACCCGAUGCAUUAGAACAAGUUAAGGAAAGAGAUAAAGAAGAAAGAAAAAGAUUGACAAGUCGUCCCUCUUCGUCUUCCUUAGACCGCAGAGAAAAACAGUUUGCAGUCUUAACUUCAGAGAGGCGCUCUCAUGUUAUAGUUUUACCGUCUCAAACCGCAUUGUACAGAAAUAUAAUUUCAGAUACAUCCUAUGCUAUAAAAGCAGAUGUUACUUCCUUAAAAGAUUUAGGAUCAAGUUUAGUGUGUUAUAUUGCCACUGGCCAUGUAAAUAUUUAUAGCCUACCUAGCCUACGGCAGUUACAUCAUGUAGAUUUUUUACCUGUAAUUAAUAUGAAAAAUAUGCUUCAUGAAAUGAAGGGCACUCUGUUUCUCACCAAAGAAAUGCCAGAGCCUCCGAAACAGAGCUUCUUUAAAGGAUUAUUUGGUGGGGGACCAAGUAUCUUGGACAAAGAGGAAUUAUUUGGUGAAGCUAGUGGUAAAAGCUCAAAAUCUGUUGCUAUGCAUUAUCCUGGAGGAAAAGUGGAACAAAUGAAAGCUCAAAGCUCUACAUUAUCUGGUGAUUUGCUGAGAGCUAGACAGGCUCUGAAUGAAAGAGGUGAAAACCUCAGUAAAUUGGAAGACAACACUGUCCAAAUGAUGACAGAAGCCGAAAUAUUAUCUGACAGGUCACAUCAAUUGUUGCUCAAAUACAGGGACAAAAAGUGGUACCAACUCUGA